UAAGAGAAACAGACGACGUGUGCGCUUUUGUUUGGUUUGGGCAUUUUAACAUAUUGCCAAGCUGGCGCAUUGCUUUCCACAUCAACACGAAUCGUCAUUAAGUCAGGCGCUGGUGCAUAACGCGUGAUCCAUUUAUAAAUGUAGCGGCCAAGCAGAGACACCGCCAGCCGCCCUUGCCAUUAUCACACAACGCCAGCAGUCGAUGCUAAUGUGGUGCGGCAGCAGCAUAAACUUUGCAAAACUGAGCCGCUGCGAGGGCUGCUGUUGUCCAGCGCACCGACGACAGCAAAACCAGCAACAACCCAAGCAACAACAACAACAACAACAAAGCUUCCACUCCCACCGAUUAAAACAGCACGCAAUACAUGAGCGCAUCUGGCGCUUCAACGAACACAAACAAUUUCAAUUUUCACUCAGACGACGAGCCAUUCACAUCAAACAGAUGCUGCACUAGCCCCAGCGAGCUCUGCUGGCGUGAGAUAUCAAGUGAUUACGACGAACACGUGAAAAGUUUGACGCCCCUUCCGCUGCCCAGCUCAGCCCGCACACAGCAAUAUGCGUUCGCGCAAGGUGCAGGUGAUGGUGAUUAGCUUCCUCAUCAUGUGGACGUUCAUUACGUAUUAUAUACUACUGCGCAAUAGCAAUGGCCAACUGGACGCGAUGCAACAAAGUCAGAAGAUGAAACAAAUACUGCCAAAGGCAUUAACGGAGCAGUCGAAAAGCUUGAGAUUAUCACAAACGCUGAUUGAAUUUCUGAGACUCAAGUACACCGACCCGCAGAUGACCACGACUCCAAAAAUAACAAUUGUCGCUGCUGAAAUCUCAAAUGAGCUGCUGGAACAGGAUCCGAAAGCAACACACGCCACGUCAGUGGCAACAUCAGCGCAAAUACCGACUAGAACAUAUCUGGCGAAUGGUGAGCCUGUCAUACCCAUCCUGGUGUUUGCCUGCAAUCGCAUCUCGGUCGUCAAGUGCCUGGAGAAUCUUGUGCAAUAUCGGCCCAGCAUCGAGCAGUUUCCCAUAAUUGUUUCCCAGGAUUGCGGCGAUGAGCUGACCAAACAAGCCAUUCAAUCGUUUGGCAACCAAUUAACGCUUAUAGAGCAGCCCGAUCAGAGCGAUAUCUCAGUGCUGCCCAAGGAGAAGAAGUUCAAGGGCUACUACAAGAUUGCACGACACUAUGGCUGGGCGCUGAAUACCACCUUCCAUGUUGGCUUUGAUUAUGUGGUAAUUGUUGAGGACGAUUUGAAUGUGGCGCCCGAUUUUUUCGAGUAUUUUCUGGGCACGCACAAGCUGCUCAAGCAGGAUAGGAGUCUUUGGUGUGUUUCGGCUUGGAAUGACAAUGGCAAGGCGAACGUUAUAGACACGGCCCAGCCUGAGCUGCUCUAUCGCACCGAUUUCUUUCCCGGCCUGGGUUGGAUGCUGACCAAGGAGCUGUGGAGCGAGCUGUCUGUCAAAUGGCCCAAAUCCUUCUGGGAUGAUUGGAUACGGCAUCCGGAGCAACGCAAGGAUCGCGUUUGCAUUAGACCUGAAAUCUCACGUACACGCACUUUUGGCAAGAUUGGCGUGUCAAACGGUUUGUUUUUCGACAAAUAUCUGAAGCACAUAAAGCUCAGCGAGGACUUUGUACAGUUUAGCAAAAUAAAUAUGAGUUAUUUAUUAAAAGAAAAUUAUGAUAACACGUUUUUAAAGCAAGUCUAUGUGCUUCCCCUGGUCACCUUUGACGAGCUGCGUCUCAAUCUCAUUGCCAUGGAGGGACCAGUGCGCAUGCAGUACAAUAAUCGUGAUCAGUACAAACGCAUAACCAGAAUGCUUGGGCUCAUGGACGAUUUUAAGAGUGGUGUGCCACGCACCGCUUACCAUGGCAUCGUUUCGUUCUACUAUAAUAAGCGACGUGUACAUUUAGCGCCUAGUGCUAAUUGGAAGGGCUAUGACCUGUCAUGGAGCUAACAUCACAAAACUAGUUACUAGAUAGACCCUAAGCUCAGCUCAAUGCAACACGUAACGAAUCAAAAUGAGUGUUUGAUAACUUUUUGCAAUACCAAAAAAUAGGACUAAAAGUUUAUUUUUUGUUCAUUAAGUAGUUUAGUUAAAAUUGUAAAUCUAAUGUAUGUUUCGCAACCAGUGCUAAACCGAUCUAAGAUGAGACUCCAGUUACUACAACUACGUAUAUAUUUAAUUUGUAAAACUUGUGCAACGAGACCGAUCCAAUUCUAUGUUAUAGUCAGAUCCGUACCCUCCGCCCCAUCUCGUAGCACACAGCCAAUUGAAAUUUGUAACCGAAGCAAUAGCAACGACAAGUUGACAGUAUUAGAUAAUAUGUAUACUAUAUAUAGUCACAGCAGUCGCUGACUUUGUUGCAAUGUUAUUUCUGUUAAUGCUGAUUCGCUCUGAUUUACUGUACAAAUGGGCAUUUAGUUGUUAAGUUGAAUGAACUCCAACUCCAGAUUGAGCUCGAAAGUCUGUAACGGCCGUUAAACAUAAGUCUUUGUGAUUUUGAUUUAUCUAAUUAUAAUUCGUGUAAUUUGUAACUUGAAAGAGAGCCAACAACCGACCCACAACAUGUAACAUAGAAUAGCCAUAGUUAACUCUAAGCAUUUCGGGAGACAGGCACACACGUUAAAUUCCCCCAGUGAAAUACACCCCUCACAUCCUACUACUCUGUGUGCCUGCCACUGUCAAAUAGUGAUAGAUACUAACCUACAGACAACAUACUCAUCACAUCUGUAUGACUAGUUGUAUUUAUAUGAGCAUAUUUUUGUGUGUGGCGUAUAAACAUAGAUUAUAAAGAUAACUAA